UCGGAGUCUCUCCGCCACGCGGAAUACGGGGCGGCCAGGAGCGGCGGUCCGGACUCGGACGCGGGGCUGGCCAGAUCUAUGAUCGCUGUCGGGCUGGGCGUUGCAGCUGUUGCUUUUGCAGGUCGGUACGCCUUCCAGUUCUGGAAACCGCUGGAACAAGUCAUCACCGGAACGGCAAGGAAAAUUUCAAGCACUAGUCUCUCCUCCUACUACAAAGGGGGGUUUGAACAGAAAAUGAAUCGGCGAGAGGCUGGUCUUAUUUUAGGCAUCAGUCCGUCUGCUGGCAAGGCCAAGAUAAGAACUGCUCACAGACGAAUCAUGAUUUUGAAUCACCCUGAUAAAGGCGGAUCUCCCUACCUUGCAACCAAAAUCAACGAAGCAAAAGACUUGCUGGAAUCGAGCAGUAAACAUUAGGGCCCCAGGACUUGUCUGUCAUGAGCGAUAUAAUGUAUGCUACA